GGUUGCUAUGGAGAAAGGACGCUACAACUAGCAGGGCAACCUGAGCCCUGAAAUCGCUACGGAGGCCUCAGCAAAGCGACUGCCUGUGUUACCUUGUUCCAUAUCCACCUCCCCCUCAUCCAGAGCGUUUCUCUUGACCCCUUCCAUGGAAGACUCCACUUCCCAGAAGCAGGAAGAGGAAAACCAAGAAACAGGGGAAACAGGGGGUACAUGGUUAGAAAUGACAGCAGCUUCCUCCCAAGAUCCGGAGCCUAAGUCAUCUGAGCAGGUGGAAUCGGAACAGGGACCGGAAACAGGACCCCAGACCAGGAGCAGCCUGCCCUGGAGCCCCCAGUCUAGAGCCAGCACGCCUAUGGAUGACCUCACAGCAUCAGGUGCAUCACCUGCCCCAGCCCCUCCUCAGGAACUUUGUUCCAGUCCUCCUCCCCUGGAUCUGGCCAGACGGGACCUUGCCACACCAUGGCCAUUAGACAAGACCACUACUGUGAUUCUCGAAGCUGGGACACCUCACUCUGAUCACUUGGAACAAGCACCUGAUAAAGAAGAAUCACCUCCUCAUCAAACAAGCCAGUUAGAGGGAAAAGGCUUUCAACAGUCUCAGCAACCAAAUCCUCACCUACAUGGGCCAGGGCACGUGAGCUAUAAAAAGUCUAAACAAAAAGAACUGAGAUUUGAUAUUUUCUGGGAGGAAGACUCAAGCAGUAACUAUGAUCUAGAUCAGGCUGAGCCUGAGGUCUCUGACGCAGCUCCCAGCAUGCUUGAGAUUGCUGUUCAGAAUGCUAAGGCUUACCUACUGAAGACCAGUAGCAAGUCAGGCUUAAAUCUAUAUGAUCAUCUUUCUAACAUGCUGACCAAGAUCUUAGAUGAACGUCCUGAAAAUGCUGUUGAAAUCAUUGAGAAUAUUAGCCAAGAUGUGAAGAUGGCACAUUUCUGUAAAAAAUUAGAUACACUCCAAAAUGAAAAUGAGAUGCUCCCAACAUAUGAAAUAGCAGAGAAGCAAAAGGCUCUUUUUCUCCAGGGAAAUUUGGAAGGAGCUGAUCAAGAUCUGGAAGAUGAAAUAGCAGAAAACCCUCUUCCAAAUGUAAUGGAGUCAGCUUUCUAUUUUGAGCAAGCUGGAGUCGGUUUGGGCACAGAUGAAACUUACCGCAUAUUUCUUGCCCUCAAGCAGCUCACUGACACUCACCCAAUCCACAGAUGUCGUUUCUGGGGCAAGAUCCUGGGUCUGGAAAUGAAUUACAUUGUAGCUGAAGUGGAAUUUCGUGAGGGAGAAGAUGAAGAGGAGGUGGAAGAGGAAGAUGUAGCUGAAGAGAAGGACAAUGGAGAAAGCGAAGCUGAUGAAGAGGAGGAACAUGAAUUACCAAAGUCCUUUUAUAAGGUCCCGCAGGCUGUACCAAAAGAAGAAAGUAGAACGGGUGCCAACAAAUAUGUCUAUUUUGUUUGCAAUGAACCAGGAAGACCAUGGAUUAAGUUACCAUCAGUUACACCCAUACAAAUUGUUAUUGCAAGAAAAAUCAAGAAAUUUUUCACUGGGCGAUUGGAUGCUCCUGUCAUAAGUUACCCACCUUUCCCAGGAAAUGAGACCAAUUACUUAAGAGCACAAAUAGCUAGGAUUUCAGCAGGGACCCACGUCAGCCCUCUAGGAUUCUAUCAGUUUGGAGAGGAAGAGGGAGAAGAGGAGGAAGAGGUAGAAAGCGGACGACAGAGCUUUGAGGAAAACCCUGAUUUCGAAGGCAUCCCAGUGACUGAUCUAGUAGAAUCCCUAUCCAAUUGGGUUCAUCACGUACAACAUAUUCUCCCUCAGGGUCGCUGUAAUUGGUUCAACCCCAUACAAAAAAAUGAAGAAGAGGAAGAAGAGGAAGAAGAAGAAAAAGGAGAAGAGCCUGACUAC